GAGCUGGGAGGCGGCUCCGGCGCGGACCUUGGAUUGCCCAGCCGCUGGCCCGCGAGCCCGUUUCUUCCUUGCCGCCACAGAGGCUCGGAGCCAUCCAGCGACCAGCAAGCGGUCUCAGGCCUUGCCAUGGGGAAGACCAACAGCAAGCUGGCCCCCGAGGUGUUGGAGGACCUGGUGCAGAACACGGAGUUCAGCGAGCAAGAGCUGAAGCAGUGGUACAAAGGCUUCCUGAAAGAUUGUCCCAGUGGCAUCCUCAACUUGGAGGAGUUCCAGCAGCUCUAUAUCAAGUUCUUCCCCUAUGGUGAUGCCUCCAAGUUUGCGCAGCAUGCUUUCCGCACCUUCGACAAGAAUGGCGAUGGCACCAUCGACUUCCGGGAGUUCAUCUGUGCCCUGUCGGUCACCUCCCGCGGCAGCUUCGAGCAGAAGCUCAACUGGGCCUUUGAGAUGUAUGACCUGGAUGGUGACGGGCGCAUCACACGUCUUGAGAUGCUGGAGAUCAUCGAGGCUAUCUACAAGAUGGUGGGCACUGUGAUCAUGAUGCGGAUGAACCAGGAUGGGCUCACACCCCAGCAGCGUGUAGACAAGAUCUUCAAGAAGAUGGACCAAGAUAAGGAUGACCAGAUCACACUGGAAGAGUUCAAGGAGGCAGCCAAGAGUGACCCAUCUAUUGUGUUGCUGCUGCAGUGUGACAUGCAGAAGUAGAGGCUGGUGAGGGGCAGGGCCCCUGGCCAGGAGGGGAAAGGCCACCUCCCAACCCGAUGACCUC